GUUGGGUGGUGAGCAGUCUCCUUAUUUUCGCUUCUUGGGGACAAAAUCUAAAGCUUGCAAAAAUGUUGGAUAACAAAAAUUCUGAUGAGAACGAGCAUCACAAGAGAAAAAUCUUUCUCGUUUUCUCACUGGCAACUUUACUUGUAGCUGCAAUUACAGUAGCAGCUGUUGUUGGAUCAAGGAAGAAUGAAGGCGGUGGCGGCUCAGCCCAAGCGAUAGUGAAAUCUACCUGUGCCGCCACAUUGUACCCGGAAUUAUGCAUGUCCACCAUUGCAGCCGUGCCAGAGGCUUUCAGCAGCAUAAAGAGCAGAAAGGAUGUACUAAUGACUGCACUCAACUACACCAUUACCACUGUCCAGCACAAUUACUUCACUGUAAAGAAACUCGCUGCUAAGCGCAAAUCCCUGACAGUGCGCGAGAAGAGUGCUCUCCACGACUGCCUCGAAAUGAUAGACGACACAUUGAAUGAGCUUCAUGAAUCAGAGGAUGAACUUAAAAACUACGGCUCAAAGAAUUACUCGUUGUCGGAUUAUGUUGAUAAUCUCAAGACGUUGUUGAGCGCUGCGCAAACGAAUCAAGAAAGCUGCCUUGACGGUUUUUCUCACGAUGGGGCAGAUAAAAGAGUCCGUUCCGCUCUUUUGAAGGGUCAGAUGCAUGUUUUUCGACUGGUUAGUAACGUUCUAGCCAUGAUUAAGAACAUUACAGAUGCGCAAAUGGCUGGCAAUGGGGAUUCUUUUGUGGAGAGGAAGCUUGGAGAGGAAAAUGAACACGAAUGGCCUAAAUGGUUGUCCGCUGGAGAUAGGAGGCUGCUGCAGGCUUCAACUGUGAUGCCUGACGUCACUGUGGCAGCCGAUGGAAGUGGAAAUUAUCGGACAAUAUCAUCAGCAGUGGCAGCAGCCCCCGAAAGGAGCACUAGGAGGUAUAUAAUUAGGAUUAGAGCUGGUGUGUAUAGAGAAAAUGUGGAAAUUCCGAGGAGGAAGACUAACUUAAUGUUCGUCGGAGACGGGCGGAUGACCACCAUCAUUACCGCAAGCCUCAAUGUUGUGGAUGGCAGCACCACCUUCAACUCCGCCACAGUUGCCGUGGUUGGUGAUGGAUUCUUGGCGAGGGAUAUCACAUUCCAAAACAAUGCAGGGCCAUCAAAGCAACAAGCGGUGGCACUCCGGGUUAACGCCGACCUAUCUGCUUUCUACAGAUGCAGCAUGCUCGCGUAUCAGGAUACUCUGUAUGUACAUUCACUGCGCCAAUUCUAUGUCAAUUGCAUCAUAGCAGGCACAAUCGAUUUCAUAUUCGGCAAUGCAGCAGUUGUGCUUCAAAACUGUGACAUCCAAGCUCGGCUCCCCAAUUCCGGGCAGAGAAACAUGGUCACUGCUCAAGGCAGGGAUGAUCCAAACCAGAACACUGGAAUAGUCAUCCAAAGAUGUAGGAUUAGAGCAACUUCAGAUCUCCAGGCUGUUAAUGGGAGAGUUGAAACAUAUUUGGGGAGGCCGUGGAGGGAAUACUCGAGGACUGUCAUUAUGCAAUCUGAUAUAAGCGACAUUGUACAUCCAGCAGGGUGGUACGAGUGGGAUGGCAAUUUCGCGCUGAACACGCUAUUUUAUGCCGAGUAUCAGAAUACUGGUGCGGGUUCUGGAACAUCAAACAGGGUGACUUGGAGGGGAUUUAGAGUGCUCACAAGCACGACCGAGGCCCAACCUUUUACUGCUGGCAGAUUUAUCUCAGGUGGAAGUUGGCUGGAGGCCACUGGGUUUCCAUUUUCUCUUGGACUUUAAUUUUGAUCUUGCGCUGGGAAUAUUGCUGUAUAUCAUGAAUAAAUUGGUUGUAUUUAAUGAUCUAUAUCGAACAAAUGACCAAUAAUAAAAUCCAAGUUGGAUUUUCAUUUA